ACGACUGUGCCGGACGAGGGCGAGAAUAGCUUUAAAAUGCCCAGGGCUUCCGUGGUACACAUGACUUCGACGGCCACGAGACCGCAGCACAUGUCACAGGUUCUGGCGACCCUGGCGCUGUCGAUGGGAACACUGUCCUCUGGCCUAGCGAAAGGUUACACCUCGCCAGCUCUAGACUCCAUCCUGGAUAACCAGCCGUCUCACCUUUAUCAGUCGUCGAACAACGACACUUGGUCGGCUUUCUCGGUGACGCAACAAGAGGCCUCGUGGGUCGCGUCGUUGUCGAUGUUGGGCGCAUGGUUCGGCGCUAUGAUCGGCGUUUGGAUAAUGAGGAGGGGUCGCAGAUUGGCGCUCCGUGUCACGUCUUUCCCUCUGGCAGUUGUCUGGAUCCUUACAGGCAUCGCGCCCUGCGUGGAAUUGGUCUACGUCACCAGCUUCAUCGGAGGCCUCUGCUGUUCGGUGAUCACCAUGGUAGCCCAGGUAUACAUAUCAGAAAUCUCGAUGCCUGGUAUCAGAGGUUGCCUGUCGGCGAUGCUGAAGGUGCUCGGUCACGUCGGCGUGUUACUGUCGUAUAUAGCCGGCACGUACCUGAACUGGCGGCAGAGCGCACUACUGGUGGCCAUAGCGCCGCCGAUGCUCUUUUUGGGCACUCUCUUUAUACCGGAGACGCCGUCGUAUCUCGUUCUGAACGGCAAAGACGACGAGGCUGCCAACAGCUUACAAUGGCUUCGCGGUGAUCACGUCGACAUACGUCACGAGCUGCAGGUGAUCAAAACGAACAUUCUCGCCUCCAGAGCGGAGCAGUAUGAGCUGACGUUCAAGAACAGCAUGUUCACGCCUCGAUUGUACAAACCCAUCGCCAUCACGUGUGGACUGAUGUUCUUCCAGCGAUUUUCCGGGGCGAACGCGUUCAAUUAUUACGCGGUGAUUAUAUUCCGCCAGACCCUGGGUGGCAUGAAUCCUCACGGCGCCACCAUUGCGAUCGGUUUCGUGCAAUUAUUGGCUUCUCUGUUAUCAGGGUUCUUGAUCGACAUCGUCGGUAGGCUGCCGCUGCUGAUAGCCAGCACCGUGUUCAUGUCACUGGCAUUAGCGGGUUUCGGCAGCUAUGCCUACUACAUGCCACAGACGCAGAAUCUGGGCUACCCGGACUCGGCGGUGGUUGGCCAUCACGACUGGAUACCGUUGCUCUGCGUGUUGGUCUUCACGACUGCCCUAGCUUUGGGCAUAUCGCCAAUUUCGUGGUUAUUGAUUGGCGAGCUCUUUCCCCUGGAGUAUCGCGGCCUCGGCUCGAGCAUCAGCACCAGCUUCAACUACUUUUGCGCGUUCAUCGGAAUUAAGCUCUUCAUGGAUUUUCAGCAGACAUUCGGGCUACACGGAACCUUCUGGUUCUACGCAGCAGUGGCGGUAUGCGGCCUGUGUUUCGUGCUGUGCUGCGUGCCAGAGACGAAAGGGAAGCAACUGGAUGAGAUGAAUCCCGGCUACGCGGGUGGAGCCUACCCGAACCAGCACGAUCCUCGGGAGCUGUACAACGCGAAUCUCUCCAUGGAUAUUCCAAUGACGUCCGGUCAGAUUGUCAGCUAUCGUAGCAAUCGUCGCAAGGUGUCCGAUUAUUGCAACAUCUUCGCCCAGAAGGCGAACAGGAUCGGCAGGAUCCUGGAGAGUUUCAUGCUGUCGCACGGGCUGUUCAUGGCGCGUCGUUCCUCCGACGAAAAUUCACGCAGCAACGCGACCACGCAUCGCAGCAACGGCGACGUGAUCAGAAACGACUAUCGAUUUCCGGACCGCGUGGAGCAACGAACGGACGUACGCGAGCAGGAUCACCGUCGUUAUACCCGCUUCGGCCGAGAUGACCAGGACAGAUAUAUCUACUCACGGCAGGCGUACGCGGAGGAAGGAUCCGACACGAGCUACGUCGAUCGGAACACGGAGAUGCAGCCACGACGAGUUGGACAGCGCGAUUAUGCUACGGCGUACGAGGACAGGGGCAGCUGGAGGAACAGCUCGAGAGAUUUAAACGGUUCUAAGCCGAUCCCGAGGAAAGGCAUUAGUCACGCAAGGGGCGAGAGGCUUUACAGCUCUACGUUGCCCAGACGAAGCAGAACCAUCAAUUUCAGGGAUCAGCUGACCAUUUCCAUCGAAUCGUCCCGCGGCUAUCCGAGGAGCUUGCAGGACCUCUCGGAUCUCGA